AUGGACCCAAGAAAUGAUACAGGAAUUUCAGAAUUCUACCUUCUGGGAUUUUCAGAGGAACUAGAACUACAGCCCCUCGUAUUUGGGCUUUUCCUCUCCAUGUACCUGAUCACUGUGUUUGGAAACCUGCUCAUCAUCCUGGCGGUCAGCUCAGACCCCCACCUCCGCACCCCCAUGUACUUCUUCCUCACCAACCUGUCCUUUGUAGACAUCUGUUUCACUUCCACCACCAUCCCCAAAAUGCUGCAGAACAUCCAGACCCAAAGCAAAGUCAUCACCUAUGCAAGGUGCCUCACACAGAUGUACUUUUUCAUACUUUUUACAGGAUUAGACAUCUUUCUUCUAACUGUGAUGGCUUAUGACCGGUUUGUAGCCAUCUGUCACCCCCUGCGCUACACGGUAAUCAUGAACCCCUGGCUUUGUGCACUGCUGGUUCUGGUGUCCUGGGUCGUGAGUGUCCUGUAUUCCUUGUUACAAACCUCCAUGGUGUUGCAGCUCUCCUUCUGUACAGAGGUGGAAAUCCCGCACUUUUUCUGUGAACUCAAUCAGAUGAUACAACUUGCCUGCUCUGACACCUUUCUCACCAACAUGGUGAUGUAUCUUGCAACUGUGCUUCUGGCUGGUGGUCCCUUCCUUGGGAUCCUUUACUCUUACUCUAAGAUAGUUUCCUCCAUACAUAGAAUCUCAUCAGCUCAUGGCAAGUAUAAAGCAUUUUCCACCUGUUCAUCUCACCUCUCGGUUGUCUCCUUAUUUUACUGUACGGGCCUAGGAGUGUACCUUAGCUCUGCUGCUACCCAGAGCUCCCACUCAAGUGCAGUGGCCUCAGUGAUAUACACAGUGGUCACGCCCAUGCUGAAUCCCUUCAUCUACAGCCUGCGGAACAGAGACAUAAAGGAGGCUCUGAUGAGUCUCCUCUGUGCU